GAGUCUAAAAUCAAAGGUGAUGUAUGAUUUGGGGGUUUUUCUUUCAUCUGAUUUCAGUUUUCCAGGCCACGCCAUGGCUGAGCUCUGCCCCAUUUCUCAAAACGUUGAAGAAAUUGCUAAAAAACUAAGAAUUUCCGAUAGUGAUUCCGGCGAUCCAACAUCCCGAUUGCCCGAUCAUGUUCUCCAUUCCAUUUUAUCCUACCUUAAAUCUGAACAACUCUUCCAUGCCCGUCUUGUUUCGAAGAAUUGGCAUCGCAACACACCUUCAUACUUCCCUCUCGAAUUUGACGAAUCAAUCUUCUUUGAAAAAACCCCAACUACACCCGCUGCUGUUAUACAAGAAUCACAUAACAAGUUCUUGGAAUGGAUCCGUUCUUCUCUCGAAACCUCUCAACCUGAGUUGAUCAAGGCGGAGAAAAGGGUAAUUCGUGUUCAAUUUAAGCAUCAUGAGAAUAUCAACGAUAUAAUGAAAUUGAUCAACGGAAUUGAUUUCCAUGAGGUAUAUUUGAGAUUUGGGUGUAUUAAUUACUCGAUUCCGUUUAUUUUUCAGUCGAAAUGUCUUACAGUUGUUCAUCUAAUUAGAUGUGGAAUUCAUAAACUAUUGUUCAGUGAUGAAGCAAAUUUUUCUAAUUUGGAAGAGGUAGAGUUAGAUAACGUCCAUUUAACUGGAGAAACCUUGUCAAUAUUUAUUAGUAAGUGCCCUAAUAUUAGAGAAUUGAAAUUGGUGAAUUGCAAGGCAUUAAGGUCUGUUCUGUUACCCAAAGUAGAUCGUUUGAAGAAGCUUUGUGUGCAGUUGGUAGGUUCUUAUCCUUCUAUCACCGAUGUACAAGUUAUUGCUCCGAGUUUACAAGUGUUCCAUUUUGUUCACUAUAAUAGCAGCAACCUUGCAGUUAAUAUGGACAUUCGUGCUUGUAAAAUGUUGCGGGAAUUUCACUUGGAAUGUCCCACAUUUCCGGUUGGUUUUGAUCAUGAACACUUCAUUUCAGAUUUUCCUUAUCUUGAAACUCUGAUCAUUGGUCCUUGUGAGACAUCUAAGCGUGUCAAAAUUUCGAGUCCAUCACUUAGGAAACUAACCUUGAUGUUCACACAACUGUACAAUUAUAAUUAUUCAAGGAAAAGUGUUGUUUCAGUUCCAAAUUUAUGUUCUUUCCAAUAUGUUGGUAGAACAUUUAAAUCAUCUUUAGCUCCGAGUGGAACUCCAAAGUUUUUGAAGACCACAGGGAUUUCUUUGGUUCCUCAUGUUGAGAAGAUCAAUAGAGCUUGGUUCCUCCAAUUGAGAAGUCAUCUUACAAAACUUAGCAACCGUAUUGGAUUGGCCUUAAUCAUUCGUGCUCAGACAAGCUUUUCUGAACUGGGCAAACAAGGACAUAGAUUGUGGAGCAUACCAAUUGGACGAAUUCCAACACAAGUGAUACCUCAUAUUGAACUCUUAAAGCUAGAUAUAAGGCUCAAUGUUCCACAGGAAUCUCAUGGAUGCUUGCUGAAAUAUAUAAUUGACAACUUACUUUGGAUGUCUCAUCCAAACGCAUUGACUCUAUCAAUGCCAACUAGUUUUGCUGCAUUUGCCCUUGGAAUCUGCAACGAGUUUCUCAUAAGCAGGAGGGACGGCAACUGCUGUGCAGAUACCCGGAACAAGUGCUGGCGCCAUUUCCUGAAGGAUUUCAUGGUUAGGGAGGCAGUUACCAAUGAAAAGGAAGAGCUAAAGAAGUUCAGUUUCGUAUUUACUUGGCAAUUAUGAAGUUAGGUCACUCUCUUUUCUGCUCCCCAAAUUGAGAUACUUGUAGUAAGACGUGUAUUUUGAGUUAAAGCAAAUUAUACCAAAUAUUUUGCCUUGUCUAAGUUCAUGCUUUGCGUGAAUAAAAGAUCUUUGUGCGAAGGUAUAGUCUAUCUGAAAAAAUGAGAAGGAUAGACACAACAAGAAGCCCUUUCUGUGCUUGGGAUUAAGAAAAAUGUACUUGUAUGUAAUGUCCAUAAAAUUUAUACUUCAUGAUUUAGGCGUGAAUAGUUUUUGAACCUUUCAAGUUCAACAGUGGUACCAUUGAUGAUUUUGGCGCAGAAUGGUUUGUGAACUUAAUAAGUUCUACUGGGGUACUAUUGAUGAUUUAAGCGUAGAAUAGUUUGUAAACUUUUUAAGUUCAACAGUGGUACUAUUGAACUUCAAGGACAGAGAUUAGAGCCUUUGAGGGUAAGAUAUAUUUGUAGUCCAAUUCUGAGACAAAGUAAUGUCAUUAUUUUUCUGUUUCUCCAAUUUGCUCUCCCUGUGAAAAUCUUCUGGUGUGCGUGUCCUCUCGCCAGGACAGAGCCUACGGUGAGCAUUGAUUUUAUCUGCUUUCUUAAGUUCCAGUUAUGCUAAGCAGAAAUUCCGUCUUGUAAUUCCAAAUCUAGGAUAUGUUAAUGUACCUCCUGAAGAAAAUCAGCAAGUCCCCUAGGAGAUGGUAAACAUCAUUUUGGUACUUGUAGUGUUGAUCAUUUUUGAUAGUUUUUAGUUGUCAAAUCUGACUUUGAAGAGGAUUAUGGUUCUACAGAAACAAAGUAAUUCAACAAGGAAGCCUCUGAAUAAAGCUUACAGAAGAAGAGUUCAUUGCCUUGUAUUAGUUUUCGAUAUUUCUGAAAAAAUUGCUUCAGACA